AAACACUGUUUUGAAUCCUUGUCUCUGGGCCUCUUUCUUUAGACUUGGGCUAAAUGUUGCUACGGACGCUUCGGUACUACCUUGCAACUGGCAAGUUUUAACUCGUUGUUAGAGAUCAUUACAAUUGUUAUUUGUUAAAUUUGUUCAAACUUUUUUACUGAUUACAGUUUAUCCCGAUUAUAAUUAAAUAUUGAUCAAUUCAUAACAAAUAUUAAUUAUUCAAUGUUAUUACAAAACAUUAAAAACUGAGAAGUGAUAACGAUUAAAUUACUUCUUAGAGCACACAAUAAUUUUUAAUUUAAAAAAAAUAUUCUGUGAUACAACGUAAUUUCAAGUUCUUGGAGUUAUAUAUUAUACUACAUUUUUCGUAAGUUUUUKACGUCCAGCCACCCAGUGCGAUGGGUCGAAGGAAGAGUAAAAGAAAGCCGCCCGCGAAAAGGAAAGCCAUAGAGCCCCUGGACACUCAGUUCAACUGUCCAUUUUGUAAUCACGAAAAAUCCUGCGAAGUCAAAAUGGACAAGAGUCGAAACGUGGGGAAAGUAUAUUGUCGGGUUUGUCUUGAAUCGUUUCAAACGACUACAAGCUUUUUGUCAGAACCAGUUGACAUAUAUAACGAUUGGGUAGACGCCUGUGAAGCUGCUAAUUGAUAAUGAGUGACUACAGAAACAAGUUUGAAAUUAAAGAAUAAAUGGACAUGAAAACAAUCUUGAGUUGUAAUACAUUAGGUUGGUUUUUGUUAGAAGUAUGUCAAUAUUGUUGUAAUCGCCCUACACAACCUAAAAAUAUAUGUUAUUUUUUCAUUUUA